UUCGAGUGCGGAGGAAAUAAAAUAAAAAGUUUAGGCGGAACGACAGCGUGUCUUCUUGUCUGUUUAACAAUUAAACUUAUUUUUGUAUUAUUGUCUGGGUAUUGUGUUUGAUAACUAACUAAAUUACAGUAUUUCGACCAUCCAAAUGCAGCACGCUGCGUCCAACAUGGCGGCCCCGUUGCCAGGAAGGUGUGCGUUUUUCGUGGAGAAAAAGAAGCGUUUCUGUAAAAUGAUCGUCGGCAAAGGGAAAAAGUUCUGUGGGGAACACGCGGACAUGGAAGGAGAGAGUGUUGACGGCAGCAGGAGGAUUGUCUGUCCUCUGGACCCUAAACACACCGUGAGUGAGAACAAACUAGAGAACCACCUGAAGAAGUGCAACUCCAGAGAGAAGGACAAACCCGUUUAUUAUGUGGAGAACAUCAAUGCUGGCUCGUCUGGUGGAGCAGAACCUCAGGAGCAGGUGAGCCUGUGUGAGCGCAGCAGAACUGAACUCCAGUCCCUGGUGGACCAGCUGAAGGCAGCAGUCACAGGGCUGGAUUGUAAUGUGGAGGACGGUGUCCUGUCCCACCCUGUCCUCCAGGUAGAACUCAGCAACCCAAAGAAUGGAGACUCUGCCCACAAACACCUGAAACAACAGUCCUCUAUUUUAGGGCACCUGCAGGACCUGGGUCUUCUGGAGGGGGGGCGGUGCUUUGUUGAGUUCGGAGCAGGUCGAGGGAAAUUGUCGCACUGGAUCCACGAGGCCCUGAAGACUAGCCAAGAUCUGCAGCUGCUGCUGGUGGAGCGCUGCAGCACCCGCUUCAAGGUGGAUGGUAAACAUCAGGAUGUGGGAGUUGAGUUUGAGAGGCUGCAGGUUGACAUCCAACACCUGGACCUAAGUAAAGUUCCUCUGCUCCAAACAAAGAAACUCCCGUUGGUUGGAGUUGGGAAACACCUGUGUGGAGCAGCAACAGAUCUAGCUCUGCGGUGUUUGUUGGAAAGACCAGGUCAUGAAGAAGAGUCAGAACCACGGCACAAACGCAUGAGAACCAUGGACCCCGGCUGUGGGUCUGUCCUGGGCCUGGCGGUGGCACUGUGCUGUCACCAUCGCUGUGAGUGGCGUCACUAUGUCGGACAGGAGUUCUUCCUCAAGCAAGGACUCGGAGAGAUGGAGUUCUCUGCCUUCUGUCGAAUGAGUAGUUGGGCAACAUGUGGCCUGAGGUUGACCAAUCAGGAUGAAGGUCAUGAAGCUGCAGAGGAAAGGGACUCAGUGAGUGGGUUUCUGUCGGCAGCAGAACGAGAACAAAUGGGUCGUCGGUGUAAAGAACUCAUCGACGCCGGACGACUUCACUUCCUGAAAACCAAAGGUUUUGAAGGAAAACUGAGGCGAUACGCUGACCCUCAGGUCACGCUGGAGAAUGUGCUGCUGACAGCUGUAGCUGCAUCACCCUGACUCCACCCACAAGCAUAACCACCCACUGUAACUCAGUGAUUUGGACUUUGUAUAUAAUUCAACUUUUUUUAUUAAAACAUUUUAAUUCAC